UCCUCCUUAAGAACGACCUGAUAGAGGUGGACGCACGCGGCACGAACGUAACCUGCGGCGACCGGCAGUUAAUCCAACGGCAAACUGAUCGGUCAGCGCAGCAACCAGCGGCGGCAGCAGCGGCAGGAACACCCGCAGGAGCCGGUGCAUCCUCGUCAAGGGCUUUGUUGCAGGCGACGUCGACGGGACCGGGAGCACCUCCUGCUGCUGCUGCUGCUGCUGUUGAUGAUCGCCGCACCGUGUCCCUCUCCCUCAUGCUGGCGCUCCUGCUGCCGGUGAGCUGCCUCGCGCUUUGCUCCUCAGCCGCCCUGGCGGCGCUACUCUGCUGUCGUCGCCACCGCCACUGCCGCUGGAAUGGCACCUCCUCCGCACGUAGCAGCAGCGGUGACGACGGAAGCGGCAGCGGCGACGGCGAUGGAUGGUCACCGUCACCCCCACCGCGAAAACAGCAACUGCGGCGGAUCCGGCAAGCUCUACGACAGCAUCAGCAGCAGGGGACGCAAUGCGGAGUUUAUGCUGGCGCCGCCGGCGGCAGCAGCAGCAACAGGCGACACGCAGACGACGCCUGCUGGACCUCCAUGACAGAGCUGGCGGAGGUGGGGGCC